GCCAGCAGACCUGGCGAUCUGAUUACCCCCGGCGGUAAAUUAUAUACAACUGAACGCCGAGGUGAUGGGCCUUCGUGGGUCGGCUGUGAGUCGGCUGUGAACUCGUGUUGCGUGAGCGCGGGUAGUGGUGUGAGCGCUGUUUGCCUCGUCGUUGCGUCUGUUCAGCAAGCUUCAGCCAUGGUGCUCUCCAACGAUAUCGAUCUGCUGCAUCCGCCCGCGGAGUCGGAAAAGAAGAAGCACAAGUUGAAGAGGCUUGUGCAAAGCCCUAACAGUUUCUUCAUGGAUGUCAAAUGCCAGGGCUGCUUCAACAUCACCACCGUCUUCAGUCACUCUCAGACUGUUGUGCUCUGCGGGAGCUGCUCUGCGGUCCUUUGCCAGCCGACUGGAGGGAGGGCUCGAUUGACAGAGGGAUGCUCAUUUCGCAGAAAGGGGGACUAGAGUAGGACGAGACGUUUGCGGAGGGUUCAAGAUGCGGCCACUGCGGGAAGUUGAUAAAUGGGAGGAGGGGGGGGGGGUAGGUGUUAUGCGUCGGAGGGGGGCUCACCGAGUUCUUGGUGGGUAAUCCUCGAGCGGCCGAACGGGGGACUAGUCCAACGACGUCUUAUGGUGUUUUGAGCGCUUUCGCGGCCUGAGUAAUCUAUUGACGUCUACGUGUUUUGGAAAAUACGGAUCCAAUUCGAAUUGAAUCGGAAUAUACUCGUUUUGCCCCUCGAUUGAAGUUGGCCAGUUGUACAUUGCGCGCGUGCCUCAUACGGAAGUUGUGUCGAGUUCCUGUCGCUAGCCUCUUUCUCUCUCUGUCUCUGUGCGAAGGUUUCUUCACCUUGGUUCUGUUCUUUCGGUGGGAUGUGUGUCCGACUCGAGUCGUGCCGAUUCAAUUGAGCCGUGGGCCAGGGAACAUGUGCUCAAAGAAAGCUGUAAUCGUUUGGCCCUAAUGAAAUUUUGAGGAGUGUCAGGCCCGGUUGGGAAUGACGAAACUCAGUCUCAGUCCAUGCAGAUGUGAAGAUGCUCCAGUGUACCGUUUGCGUGUGGACGUGCAGGCGUUAGCUUCGUCCUUCUGACGCUUACGGAUGAUCUUUUACUCUUUACAUCAGUACUUUCUGCUCGUCCCUCGAAAAACGUUUUCGGAACUCCCCUGCCAGUGUCGUAGUGCUUUGCGAGCUUCACUGCUACCUGUCGGUGGUGUCUUUUCAUGAACUCGGACUUGCCCUUGUAUUACCGGAGUGCACUCUCAAGUUCAGCGCUGUGUUAAUUUGUUGUUGUGUGUCGAAGUGUCACAAAAAAGAGAAAUAGAGGUAUUUAUGAUGAGAGUGUGGCCGUGUUGUGGCGUUGUUGCUGACCUGGCUGUGUGAGUGCACGUGGCUUUGGAUUGUACUGACAAUCAGUACCGUUUACUUUUAUGGAUUUAUGUUCUGUGAUGGCCAGUAGCUGAAGUGAUCAUCAUGGAAACUCGCGUGUUUGUUUUUGUGAUAUGCCUUUUUGUCC